UGAUGGAGACAAUGUUUAGUGUUCGAGGUGUGUCUCUGCAUUGUGUUCACCUGAUCAGACUGAGAAGCCGAGUGUUAGCAAAGAACUGAAUUAAAGAAAUGGCUCCUGCUGGCCCAGAGUCUGGGUUUCUAGCCAUUCUGCUAGUGUGAGUUUAGUACCACGGGAUAUAAAAGCAGUGAUGUGAAAGAACCCAAAUGGAAACCAACGAGACCUCGAGGAAUCCUUCAUUUUAUCCCACAAGACCAUCUACAGCUGGGCUGAUAGACCUCCACGUGUACUAUGUCCCGGAUGAGGUAUGGAACCCCAAGCUAAAUAAAGUUCCCUCUGAAGCCAUCAAUAAGUUCAUCUCUGUUGGAUUUAUUCGUGUACCACCCGAUAUGAUGCUGAAGACGCUGAGAGAGAGACUUGGAGAACUUCUUGGGGACGAUCCAGGGUUUGAUAAGUUUGCAUUCCUGAAGUGCGUUGGGAGAAGCCUGGCAUUGGUGAAAGCAAAGCAGGAGCUGGAGGUGAAAGUGAAGUCAUUCGCCCCUCCGUAUGCCAGCGACCCGGAGCUCUACCUGCUGCCAGGAGUGGAGGGCGAGGGAAGCUCCUAUGCAUCAUCAGUCACUCCCGCUGGGUAUAAUGUGGAGCACCCACCCUGGGACCAGCCUUUUAUACACCCCGCUACUGACAGCAGCAGGAGGUCACCAAAAGCACUGCUAAGAGAAAAGGACAGAAACCCUUUAAUCUCCAGAAGCAAAGAGCAGGAGGGGAUGCCAUCUGUGAAUCUACUGAACUAUCCCAGACAGAGCGUGGAUGAGCAACUUACUGCAGCAGCCACAGAAAAAAGAUCCAAUUUGUUAAAUAAGACAGAAGAUUUAAAUACGUUAGCGAUACACCCAGGAACAAACACAGCAAGUGACUCUGGGAUUUCCGAUACAUUUCAGGGCCCGGAACAUUUCCACAGGAAACGAAGUGAACAUUUCUUAUUUCCCAUUGGUUCCGAGACUCAGAGUGUAAACCGCAGUAAUCAGUUUGCGGAUAAUUCCUUCAGAACUUUACCCGAGCCUGCACAAUACCACGCUCCACCGACCCCCCCACUGCUGACGAUGUUUCCCCCAAUCAAGUCUCUUCCCACAGAGGGCACGCGGCAUGAAGAAACUCUUCUUGAACAGUUAGAGAAAGUAAAAGAAGAAAGGGUGAAGUUGGAGAGAUCCAGAGAAGAACUGAUCAAAAAAACAAAGUCACUAUUGGAACAAUACAAACUGCGACGCCAUCAAGUGCGGGAUUCCUGGAAAAAGAAAUAUUUUGAGACAAAGAAGCUGACAUCAGCCCUGGAAGAGACUCUGAACAAACUCCGAACAGAGCUAGAGUCUUCCUACCAAAAACUGCUGACACAGCUCGCGGCCCGGGACAACCGAAAUCGCACCAAGUACCCAGCACUCACAGCCAGUUCAAAGAACUCCGUAAUAAUGAAUAUUACCAGCCGCCAGCAAGAAGUGGAACAGUUAAGACGGAGGGUGGAUGAUGCCCGCAUAAAGCUUCUUAUCGAAAUCAAGAUGCGAAAACAAGCAGCUUCUGAUCUGAAUGUGUUGAAAGCUCAACUCGCCCAGAAGAAAGCGCAGUCCACCAUAAUUAAUCACAAUGUGUUUGCUAUAUGAUGGUGUUUUGACAGGAGACCCAAAAUGAAUGGCAAACGUGGCUUGCUGGUCACCUGGAACUGAAUGGGCCAAUGGUCAAUUUUACAGGAAUUACACAGCAUUAGGUACCUCUGGUGAGGUUUCGUAAAGAAAUUAAACCCUUUGGGUUGUUAUUUGCUGAUUAUUUUAGAAUUGUAUGGACUAGAACAUCACAUGUACCUAUAGACUGUAAGCUCGUUUGAGCAGGGUCCUCUUCAGCCUAUCGUUCCUGUAAGUUUUCUUGUAAUUGUCGUAUUUAUAGUUACAUCCCCCCUCUCAUAAUAUUGUAAAGCGCUACGGAACCUGUUGGCGCUAUAUAAAUGGCGAUAAUAAUAAUAAUAUAAAGCAAAAGGAAAUGUGAGAACUUGAUGGCCACAUGUCUCUUUUCAACCUAUGUAACAAGACCGGUUGGAUGGAUUUUCCAGGAAGCUGACAUAUCUUAAAAAAGCAUGGACUGACUUCUUACCUGUGUUAUGCUGUGCACUCUUUGCCUCAGAGUCAGAAGCUUAUUAGCUCUCAGCUUAGCUCUUGCCACUGGACUUGUGUGUGUCAGUGCUUGUAGCAGUGAUUGGACCAAAGUAAGAAGUCAAACAGAUCUAAAUACCCUCACUGGGGUCCUGACACCAUAACCACUACAGUGAGC